GGGCGUGGCUCACUGUCUUAGAGUAAACAGGCUACAACAAUGGCCUUACACGAGCCUUCGACCCGGAUACACCAGGCUGCUAAAGAAGGAGAGAUUGCUACUCUAAGUAGAGCAACGAAGAAAGAGCUCAAUAUUCCUGAUACUGAAGGAUGGACACCAGUCCAUUGGUGUGCUUGGACAGGUCACCCCGAACCAUUAGACACUGUCCUUAGGAAAGGUGGCAAUCCGAACAAGGUUGAUGCCCGUGGCUGCACUCCACUCCACAUUGCAGCAACUUAUGGUAACAGCGAGGCACUGGAGCUACUCAUAGAGCACAAGGCCAACAUGUGGUCCCUUGAUGACAGAGGGUAUCACCCAACAAGAGUAGCUGCCAUUAACAAGAGGCUGGACUGCUGCAGGAUCCUAGACACCAUUGGGCUCCAGUUGAAUGCAAGACACCCUGAGUUUGUAAGGGCACAGCAGAUGAAAGCUUUAAAAGAUCUUCAGAAAAGAAUGAAGAAAUUAGAGAAAAUUAACCUCAAGGGUCGUUCAAACUCAGUGUCAGCGAAAAUGAAACCAAAAUCCAAGAAAGCCAAAGGGAAGAGCUCAAGCGGAGAAGGAGAGACAACGUUUGUAUUGAAAGAGAAAAACGAAGAGGAAGAUGAUAGUGAAGGUGACUCAGAAGAAGAUGAUGAGCUCACUGAUCUAGCGACAAUGUCAGGAAGAAACACACUGCGACCACUACCAAAGAUGACCUCAGGGGCAAUGCUCAACACUUUCAAUGAUCUAGCAAGACACCCACUCUCUUUUGAGUACCCUGAUGAACUCCAGGGAUCAAACAGUGAUCCAGCUCUACCACAGAGAAGGGAAGGAGGAGAGAUGAGAGUCAUUAGCAGGCAGAGAGGUGGGUCUGGUAGAGCCAUCAUGCAAGUUAUACCUUUAGACACAACAGAGCUGGAGCUGGAGAAUGAUUCACCUCUGGCAACACUACUUCACUCCUUAGACCUUUAUGAUGAAGGACAGGCUCUCCUUAAGGAAAGAAUGGACCUAGAGUCACUGUCACUCUGCUCUGAAGAUGAUCUACUCAAAGUUGGACUCUCCUAUGGACCAGUUAAGAAGAUUACUGAUGCAGUGAAGAAAAGGAACAGACACAUAAACACUCCAGUGAGGGAGAAGGAAAUGACAGACACUGAACUGUGAAGUAGAACACACACACACACACACACACACACACACACACACACACACACACACACACACACACACACACACACACACACACACACACACAGUACCUAAGUUACAUGCUAUGUAUUUAUUACCUUUUUAAUAUUAUACAGUAUUUAAAAUACCAAAAA